AUGAGUGAAAGACUGGCUUAUUUACCAACAUUAGAAGAUGCGUAUGGAGAAUUACCCCCUGCCCAAUUAGAAAUAUUGCGUCAACAAGUACUUUCUGAAGGUGGCGAUAUAGCAUCUAUUCAAUCAAGGUUUAAUUAUGCUUGGGGGCUAAUAAAAUCAAACGACGUUGAUAACCAGCGGUUGGGUGUAAAACUAUUAUCUGAUGUUUAUAAGGAAGCACCCAAAAGGAGACGUGAAUGUCUAUACUACUUAACCAUUGGAUGCUAUAAAAUGGGUGAAUAUACGAUGGCAAAAAGAUAUAUCGAUGCCUUAGCAGAACGUGAAUCAUCCCAUAAUACUCAGGUAUUUGCCUUAAAAAAAAUGGUUGAAUCAAAAAUUGCGUCACAAAGUUUGAAAGGAUUAGCACUUGUUUCUGUUGUUAUUGGAGCUGCUGCAUAUGGGAUAAAUGUCUACAUGAGAGGUUCUAAAAAAAGAUAA